AUGACUGAGCAGCAGCCGGACAAAGAGAAACGACUCGGCAUCACCUGGCAUGACCUAACUGUCAAGGGCAUCGGCAAGGACGCAGCAUUUCACGAGAAUGUGGCCAGUCAAUUCAACAUUCCCUCACGUGUCAAAGAAAGCCGAGCAAAACCCCUGCUUAAAACUAUCGUCGACAAUAGUCAUGGCUGUGUGAAGCCGGGAGAGAUGCUCUUGGUCCUCGGGCGACCAGGAGCAGGCUGCACCUCCCUCCUCAAGGUACUAGCCAACCGGAGACUAGGCUACACCAAAGUCACUGGUGAAGUCUGGUAUGGAUCAAUGACUGCCGACGAGGCAAAACAGUAUCGAGGGCAGAUUGUCAUGAACACUGAGGAGGAAUUGUUUUUUCCGACCCUGACGGUGCAACAAACCAUCGACUUUGCCACCCGCAUGAAGGUGCCACACCACCUCCCCACCAAUUUGACCAACCCCGAGGAAUUUCAAAAGACCAAUCGUGAUUUCCUCCUGCGCGCCAUGGGAAUUGAGCACACUGGCGACACCAGGGUUGGAAAUGAGUUCGUUCGUGGCGUCUCGGGCGGCGAGAGAAAGCGUGUCUCCAUCAUCGAGACCAUGGCAACAAGAGGCUCCGUCUUCUGUUGGGACAACUCUACCAGGGGCCUCGAUGCCUCGACUGCCCUGGAGUACGUGCGGUGCAUGAGAUCAAUGACUGACGUUCUCGGUCUGAGCUCUAUCGUGACACUUUACCAGGCAGGCAACGGCAUCUACGAUCUCUUCGACAAGGUUCUCGUCCUAGAUGAAGGAAAACAGACCUUCUACGGCCCAAUGCAUCAAGCAAAACCUUUCAUGGAAGAGAUGGGAUUUCUUUACACCGAUGGAGCAAACAUCGCCGAUUACCUGACCAGCGUCACUGUUCCUACCGAGCGACAGGUUAGACCUGAUAUGGAGAAUCGAUUUCCUCGCAACGCCAAUGAACUUCGCUCACAUUACGAAAAGACACAGCUGAAGCGCACAAUGGCAUUGGAAUACAACUAUCCAAACUCGCCGCAGGCGGCUGAAGCGACGAAAGAAUUUAAAGAAGCCGUUCACUUGGAGAAACACCCCGGCCUUCCAGCGGGCUCGCCGCUCACUGUCAGCUUCUAUACCCAAGUCAAAUCCGCAAUUAUCAGACAGUACCAGCUACUAUGGAGUGACAAAGCAACAUUUCUCAUUCCACAAUGCUUGAACUUCGUCCAAGCUCUCAUCAGUGGCUCUUUAUUCUACAAUGCUCCCCACGAUUCUUCGGGGCUAGCUUUCAAAAGUGGUUCUCUGUUCUUCGCCGUAUUACUGAAUGCACUACUUUCCAUGAGCGAGGUCACCGGUUCCUUUGCAGCACGCCCAGUUUUAGCAAAGCACCGUGGCUUCGCCCUCUAUCACCCGGCCGCCUACUGCUUCGCCCAAAUCGCCGCCGAUAUACCACUCAUCGCCAUGCAAGUCACGCUAUUCGCGUUACCAGUCUAUUGGAUGACUGGUCUCAAACCAACCGGCGAGGCUUUCUUGACGUAUUGGAUCAUUACAAUCUCUGUGACAAUGUGUAUGACGGCCUUGUUUCGUGCCAUCGGUGCCGCCUUCUCGAGCUUUGAUGCCGCCAUCAAAGUGACGGGAUUUCUGAUGUCAGCGCUCAUCAUGUACACCGGCUUCUUGAUUCCGAAAUCUAGAAUGCAUCCGUGGCUCGGCUGGAUAUUCUGGAUUAACCCAUUGGCUUACGGUUACGAGGCAGUCCUCAGCAACGAGUUCCACGGACAGCUGAUACCUUGUGUCAACAACAAUUUGGUCCCAAAUGGCCCUGGCUACAAUAACUCGGAAUUUCAAGCGUGCGCCGGAAUUCGAGGCGCUCCCAUGGGUGCUUCUGUCAUCACUGGCGACCAGUACCUGCAAGGCCUGUCAUAUAGUCACGCUCAUGUCUGGCGCAACUUUGCCAUCGUUUGGGUAUGGUGGGCCUUGUUCGUCAUUCUUACUGUUUACUUUACUAGUAACUGGAGCCAAGUAUCUGGAAAUAGCGGUUACUUGGUUGUUCCCCGCGAAAAGGCAAAUAAAACGAUGCACACAGCCGUGGACGAAGAAGUUGGAUCCGGACCCGACUCUCACGACUCAAGGAAUCGAAGUGGAAUUUCACCCAUUGGUGAUAAACAAGAAACCUCUACCGACGGACCCUCCAAAAUCGAUUCUCAAUUAAUACGCAAUACGUCAGUCUUCACGUGGAAGGGUCUCACCUAUACCGUGAAGACUCCAUCGGGAGACCGCGUUCUCCUAGAUCAUGUUCAGGGCUGGGUCAAACCCGGCAUGCUCGGCGCAUUAAUGGGCUCGUCAGGAGCAGGCAAGACAACUCUAUUAGACGUGCUUGCUCAACGCAAGACGGAAGGUAUAAUCAAGGGCAGCAUCUUGGUUGAUGGGAGAGAUCUUCCUGUCUCCUUUCAGCGCUCUGCAGGGUACUGCGAGCAACUCGAUGUCCACGAGCCACUUGCCACGGUUCGAGAGGCCCUGGAGUUUUCGGCUUUGUUGAGACAGAGCAGAGAUACGUCAGUGGAGAACAAGUUGAAGUAUGUCGACACUAUCAUCGACUUACUCGAAAUGCACGACAUUGAAAACACUCUCAUCGGUACAACUGCUGCUGGCCUCUCAGUGGAGCAGCGCAAACGACUUACUAUCGGCGUUGAACUUGUAUCUAAGCCAAGCAUCUUGAUUUUUCUCGACGAGCCCACAAGUGGACUAGAUGGACAGGCUGCGUUUAACAUUGUUCGGUUUUUAAGGAAACUUGCGGAUGUUGGACAGGCUGUCCUUGUCACCAUCCAUCAGCCCUCGGCUUCACUGUUUGCUCAAUUUGACACGUUACUUCUCUUAGCUAAGGGAGGCAAAACUGUUUAUUUCGGCAAUGUUGGCGUGAACGGCGCCACUGUUAACGAGUAUUUCGGUCGGAAUGGAGCCCCUUGUCCUCAGAAUACAAAUCCGGCUGAGCAUAUGAUUGACGUUGUCUCCGGAAGCAAGGACUGGAACGAAGUCUGGCUCGCUAGCCCAGAAUACACUGCCAUGACCCAGGAGCUCGACCAUCUUAUCAGGGACGCCGCGUCGAAACCACCAGCCACCCUGGAUGACGGCCACGAAUUCGCAACGCCUAUUUGGACACAAUUGAAGCUUGUCACGCACAGGAAUAAUACUUCACUUUGGCGUAACACGAACUAUAUCAACAACAAACUAAUGCUUCACAUUACCUCGGGCCUCUUGAAUGGCUUUUCAUUCUGGAAAAUAGGCAAUACAGUUGCCGAUCUGCAAAUGCAUCUUUUCACCAUAUUCAACUUCAUCUUCGUUGCUCCGGGAGUCAUAGCUCAGCUACAGCCUCUCUUCUUAGAGAGGCGCGAUAUCUACGAGGCUCGUGAGAAGAAGAGUAAAAUGUACCACUGGUCUGCUUUCGCCACGGGACUAAUCGUCUCGGAACUUCCCUACCUCGUCGUUUGUGCAGUCGUGUACUACAUGACCUGGUACUAUACUGUCGGAUUCCCUAGCGGCAGCGACAAAGCUGGCGCCGUCUUCUUCGUCGUACUCAUGUACGAGUUCAUUUACACAGGAAUCGGCCAAGCCAUUGCGGCAUAUACGCCCAACGCUAUAUUUGCUGUUUUGAUCAAUCCGCUCAUCAUUGCAAUCCUGGUAUUUUUUUGUGGCGUUUACGUUCCCUAUGCGCAGAUUCAAGCGGUCUGGCGAUACUGGCUAUACUACCUGGACCCCUUCAAUUACCUCAUGGGAUCGCUGCUGAUAUUCACAACAUUUGAUGCACCAGUUCACUGCGAAAAGGAAGAAUUCGCUGUUUUUAACACGCCGGACGGCCAGACAUGUGGCGAGUACCUCGCCGAGUACAUGCAGGGUCUUGGAUCGAGAACGAACCUCGUCAAUCCGAGCGCUACGCGGGACUGCAAGGUCUGCCAAUUUCGGACAGGAGGCGAUUAUCUUUACACUUUGAACCUGAAAGACUACUAUUACGGUUGGAGAGAUGCCGGAAUUGUGGCGCUGUUUGCCAUUUCAAGUUAUGCGAAACUUAGAACAAAGGCAAGCAAGAAGGCCGAGUCGUGA